AGAGAACCAGCCUUGCAGCCAGUGUGGGCAGCGCGGGGCACGGACCCCAGCUCCGGUCCAGGUGUGGUGCCGAGCUUCCUGCCCAGGGCUGUGCUCUUGGCCCCGGGGGACGCGACUCUUCACUGCCCGCCAGGUGGAGGACGAGCAGGCUGCGUGCUCACAAAGUCUCCCUGGAGCAGGUUCUGUGGUCACAGGCUCCCACGGAGUGUGAAGGCGGCCCCAGUUAUUUCUGCAGCCAGUCCAGCCCACACCAUCUCUGCGGCCCCCUCCCUGGGAGGCUCGGGCCGCCCACCCACUGAGGAAGAGCAUGAAGAAGCGGUCCCUGCUGCUGGCCUUGGCGGCCGUGGUCUUGGUCCUCCUGAUCGUUGGGCUCUGCAUCUGGCUGCCCGAGACCUCCAAGUCGCAUGGCCACGUGUACCCCAGGGCCGCUGUGGCUGCGGACGCCAAGCGCUGCUCAGAGAUUGGCAGGGACGCGCUGCUGGACGGCGGCUCGGCGGUGGACGCGGCCAUCGCGGCCCUGCUGUGCAUGGGGCUCCUGAAUGCCCACAGCAUGGGCAUUGGGGGCGGCCUGUUCCUCACCAUCUACAACAGCACCACGCGGAAGGCUGAAGUCAUCAACGCCCGCGAGGUGGCCCCGCGGCUGGCCACCGCCGGCAUGUUCAACAGCUCGGAGCAGUCGGAGGAAGGCGGGCUGUCGGUGGCGGUUCCGGGCGAGCUCCGCGGCUACGAGCUGGCGCACCAGCGGCACGGGCGGCUGCCCUGGGCACGUCUCUUCCAGCCCAGCAUCGAGCUGGCCCGCCAGGGCUUCCCGGUGGGGAAGGCCUUGGCGGGAGCCCUGGAGAGGCAGCGGGAGACCGUGGAGCGGAACCCCGCGCUGUGCGAGGUGUUCUGCCGUGACGGGAAGGUGCUGCGGGAGGGGGACCAGGUGACCAUGCCCCGGCUGGCCGACACCUUGGAGACGCUGGCCUCGGAGGGCGCCCGGGCCUUCUACAACGGGAGCCUCACAGCCCAGAUUGUCAAGGACAUCCAGGAGGCCGGGGGCAUCAUGACGGCCGAGGACCUGAACCACUACCAGGCAGAGCUGAUUGAGCAGCCGCUGAGCGUCAGCCUUGGGGACGCCCAGCUCUAUGCGCCCAGCGCCCCACUCAGCGGGCCUGUGCUGGCCCUCAUCAUCAACAUCCUCAAAGGGUACAACUUCUCCCGGGCGAGCGUGGAGACGCCUGAGCAGAAGGGCCUGACCUACCACCGCAUCGUGGAGGCCUUCCGCUUUGCCUACGCCAAGAGGACCCUUCUUGGGGACCCCAAGUUUGUCAACGUGACUGAGGUGGUCCGCAACGUGACCUCCGAGUUCUUCGCCGCCCAGCUCAGGGCCCGGAUCUCCGACAGCACCACGCACCCGGCCUCCUACUACGAGCCUGAGUUCUACACGCCGGACGGCGGGGGCACCGCACACCUGUCGGUGGUCUCAGAGGAUGGCAGCGCCGUGUCAGCCACCAGCACCAUCAACCUCUACUUCGGUUCCAAGGUGCGGUCACGGGUCAGUGGGAUCCUGUUCAAUGAUGAGAUGGACGACUUCAGCUCCCCCAACAUCAUCAACCAGUUCGGGGUGCCCCCCUCGCCGGCCAACUUCAUCGCUCCAGGCAAACAGCCCCUCUCCUCCAUGUGCCCCGUGAUCAUCGUGGGUGAGGACGGCCAGGUCCGCAUGGUGGUGGGCGCCUCCGGGGGCACCCAGAUCACCACGUCCACGGCGCUGGCCAUCAUCAACAGCCUGUGGUUCGGCUAUGAUGCCAAACAGGCGGUGGAGGAGCCCCGGCUUCACAAUCAGCUUCUGCCCAACACCACCGUGCUGGAGAAAGGCAUCGACCAGGCGGUGGUCGCGGCCCUGAAGACCCGGCACCACACCACGGAGGAGACGUCCACCUACAUCGCCGUCGUCCAGGCCGUCGUGCGCACAGCCAGCGGCUGGGCGGCCGCCUCGGACUCUAGGAAAGGCGGGGAGCCCGCAGGCUACUGA